AUGCGCCUCAUCCGCACUGUCCAUACGUUGUUAGAGGGACUGUUGGUUCUUGUCGCUGCCGUAGCCUUCACGUCGACCUGGACCCGGGCCAGCCCGGACCUCGGGAAGCUCACCAAACACACGAUGAAGAUGCCGUCGGAAUACAUCCGCGAGGUGUCGACUCGUGUCCAAGCCGCCCUCGUACCCAUCUUCAGCCAACACGCGCCAGAUCUCCGGGCUGCGUUGACCUUCCUUCUCGACUCGCAGAGGUCGGGCAUGGGCGACACCCUCGGGGAUGUCGGUACAACGUCCUCGUUGGUGCUCAAGUUGGCUGAGGCUCGCAUCGCUGCUGAAGACUUGAUCUCGCUAAUCGAGAGCAGCUCGCUCGAACAUCGUGAAGAAAUGCAAUUUCUGCUACUGAAGUUUGCCGACGACGCGAGGGACACGAUUCGCGCCCUUCAACAGUUGUCUGCUCGACUGCAAAGCGGCGGCGAUCGUGUUGCGGUAACGCUUGACUCCGCGCGGCGGCUACUGUCCCCGUCCCUCCACGACUCCAACUCAGCUACGUACCAUCAGUCGCCGACAAAUGACGACAGGACGACGCGCGCGUACGAAUAUGCCCUGACCACGAUAGAAGGGGUCCUGCGUUCGUUGGUUCUAUCUGCAGAAACCGCCUUCGCGAGCCUAGAGGCGCUGGAUGCCCGUCUGCUGGCGAUUGGUGAAGCAAGUGCCCUGGAAGGUUUAGCCAUCCGUCAUGCGAGAGAGGACGUACUGUACAGUUUAUGGACCUACCUUGGAGGCAACCGGGAACAGCUCAACCACUUUGACCGCGACGCAGUGGUCCUGAAUAGUGUCAGCGACUACAAGAAGCUGUCCCUCACCUACAUCCAAUCCGUUUCUCGCGCGCUAGAGGCGAUGCAAGCUGGUUUAGAUGAGACACGCCGCAUUGCGUCGGGAGCGCUGCUCAUAGAGCAACCGACGCCGCAAUCUGCGGCGAAGCUUGGCCUGAGGGAGUUGUGGUUUGAAUUGUCAAGAUUGUCGACUCUGCGCUUGAGCUUAAUCCUGCUGGCUUCCGACUCGGAGACGGACGAUGUUCUCCAUGCGGGGCCGGUGUCCGCGGGUACAAAGCUUGUCGCCUCGCAAGUCAUAGUACUCAAUUGUCUCGUCACGGACCCCGCCCUUGAUAUCGAUGCGGAUAUGGACACCUCAGACGAAGCCUUCGACGACGACACGAGGCGCAUGCGCAAGCACGGCUUGCACGCCGCGAUGGACAUGCGCGGACAUGCGCGGCGGGCGCGCAAGCGCGAGAAGCAGGGGAGCAAGGAGGUCGGCGCACUACUAGUCCUGAAGAUGGAGCGCGGCGUUGCCCCCGGCCAGGGUGCGAUGCGCUCCAUCGUGCAGCUUGUCGGGAAAAUGGUGCUGCGCCGCCAAGACACGUUCCGGCCGCACAUGGGGCUCGGCGCGCCCUCGCCCUCUAUUGCGCCUUCUACGAUGCUCGGCUCAAGCGCGAGCGCGAGGAAUGCCUGCUGGCCGCGGUAG